GGCCCGCGCCGCGCCCGCGCUCGCAGGCCCCGGGAUUACGAAGGGCUUUUGUUUCAAGUCUCCAAUCAUCUGUGAAAACAGCCAUGCCCCACUGGUUUGGGGAUGCUUUGAGAAUUGAGUGAUCAGUCAAAAAUCAGCGGGUUCUCUUAAAUGUUUUCUUGAAGCCUUAAAAAUGGAGAUGACGGAAGUGACUGGUGUGUCCCUGAAACGUGGGUCUCUUGCUGUCGAAGGUAAUGACAGCAUGGCCCCAGCUGAGGAGGCAAAAAGACAGAAAGUCUUGGACAGCUGUCUGCCCACAGGUCAGGACGGGCUGGAGCACGGCUCUCCACCCACCAGUGGACAUGUGCCUGGGCCACCUGAAGCUGUAAAUGCCGGACAGGGUAAAAAGAACUCUGAUGUGCAGUUGGAAGAAGAGGAAGAAGAGGAAGAAGAUGGCCUUUCUGAGGAGGCUGAAGAAGAGGAAGAAGCCGAGAGUUUUGCAGACAUGAUGAAGCAUGGGCUUACUGAACUUGACGUUGGCAUCACCAAGUUUGUAAGUUCUCAUCAGGGCUUCUCAGGCAUCUUGAAAGAAAGAUACUCAGACUUCGUUGUUCACGAAAUAGGAAAAGAUGGACGGAUCAGCCAUUUGGAUGAUUUGUCCGUCCCAGUGGAUGAGGAGGAUCCUUCAGAAGAUGUAUUUACAGUUUUGACAGCUGAAGAAAAGCAGCGUUUAGAAGAGCUCCAGCUUUUUAAAAAUAAGGAAACCAGUGUUGCCAUUGAGGUUGUUGAGGACACGAAAGAGAAAAGAACUGUCAUCCAUCAAGCAAUUAAAUCAUUGUUUCCAGGAUUAGAGACAAAAACAGAGGACAGAGAGGGCAAGAAAUACAUUGUAGCCUACCAUGCAGCUGGGAAAAAGGCUCUGGCAAAUCCAAGAAAACAUUCUUGGCCAAAGUCUAGGGGAAGUUACUGCCACUUUGUACUGUACAAGGAAAACAAAGACACCAUGGAUGCUAUUAAUGUGCUGUCCAAAUAUUUAAGAGUCAAACCAAACAUAUUCUCCUACAUGGGAACCAAAGAUAAAAGAGCCAUAACUGUUCAAGAGAUUGCUGUUCUCAAAAUAAGCGCUCAAAGACUUGCUCACUUGAACAAGUGCUUGAUGAACUUUAAGCUGGGGAAUUUCAGCUAUCAGAAAAACCCCCUGAAACUGGGAGAGCUUCAAGGGAAUCACUUCACAGUUGUUCUCAGAAAUAUAACAGGAACUGAUGACCAAGUUCAGCAAGCUAUGAACUCUCUCAAGGAGAUCGGAUUUAUUAACUACUAUGGAAUGCAAAGAUUUGGGACUACAGCUGUCCCCACAUAUCAAGUUGGAAGAGCUAUCCUCCAGAAUUCCUGGACUGAAGUCAUGGAUUUAAUAUUGAAACCCCGUUCUGGAGCCGAAAAGGGCUACUUGGUUAAGUGCAGGGAAGAGUGGGCGAAGAGCAAAGACCCAGCCGCUGCCCUCAGAAAACUUCCUGUCAAAAGGUGUGUGGAAGGGCAGCUGCUUCGAGGACUUUCCAAAUAUGGAAUGAAGAAUAUAGUCUCUGCAUUUGGCAUAAUACCAAGAAAUAAUCGCUUAAUGUAUAUUCAUAGCUAUCAAAGCUAUGUGUGGAAUAACAUGGUAAGCAAGAGAAUAGAAGAGUAUGGACUGAAGCCCGUUCCAGGGGACCUUGUUCUCAAAGGAGCUACAGCCACCUAUAUUGAUGAAGAAGAUGUUAAUAAUUACUCCAUCCAUGAUGUGGUAAUGCCCUUGCCUGGUUUCGAUGUUAUCUACCCAAAGCAUAAAAUUAGUGAAGCCUACAGAGAAAUGCUCACAGCAGACAAUCUGGAUAUUGACAACAUGAGACACAAAAUUCGAGAUUAUUCCUUAUCAGGGGCCUAUCGAAAGAUCAUUAUUCGCCCUCAGAAUGUCAGUUGGGAGGUCGUUGCAUACGAUGAUCCUAAAAUUCCACUCUUCAACACAGAUGUGGACAACCUAGAAGGGAAACCACCACCGGUUUUUGCUUCUGAGGGCAAAUACAGAGCUCUGAAGAUGGAUUUUUCUCUCCCUCCUUCUACCUACGCUACCAUGGCCAUUCGCGAAGUGCUAAAAAUGGAUACCAGCAUCAAGAACCAGACCCAGCUGAAUACCACCUGGCUCCGCUGAGUCCUUCCUCCCCAGAUUAGAAGAUGCAGACGAGUGUUUGCUGGCUUCCUAUUCAUUUUUCUCUUAGUACAGACCCAUAGGUGUAUUUUAGAUCUUUGUAGUUAAAGAUUAUUUGUAUUUUUUCAAUUUUUUAUUAGCUUAAUUUGCAAUAUUUGUACACAUAUACAAAUCCUGAGGAUCCUAAUUCUAGCUCAGAGGAUAUAAAUUGAUCAGAAUAUAUUUCAGGUGCUUAAAUCAUAGUAAAAUGUCAGCUUUAUUAGCUUUGUAAUCAUUUAAAAGGACUUCGGCUUAAAGUUGCAGUUUUAGGUUUUGCUACAUUCUUAAAGGACAACAUGAGUUUUUAAUGUAUCCAUGAAUGGAGUGUGCAACAAUGCAUUUUAAGAGAAAAUGCAACAAAACAAAUCUUGACUAUGAAUAAAUAGUAUACCCCACCUCCACCUCUUAAUAUAAGUACAGUACUCAUGCUUAUUUAAAUGAUGAUAAAACAUCUACAGGUUUAUAAAUGCAAAAGUGAUUGUCAUCAUCAAACUCCUAUAUCAGGGUUAGGUCAGCGUUGAUAGAUCUUUUAGUUGCAAUAGCUUUGCAUUGAUACUAUCCUUGCCUUGCAGGACAGUUGCAUCAAUAAGGCCUUUUUUUCUCGAUGUAAACACGUCCAGCUAUUUUUUUUUUUUUUAAGUCAAGGUCUGAUUUUUACUCUAGGUGCCUUUUACGUUCAGAACUCUUUCCGCUGGACUGGUAUUUGCCGCAAAAUAUGUGACAGCAGAGAAGAAAACUUUAAACUUUGUAUGAGGCCCCUCUAAGCAGCAGCAGCCUUUGUCACCUUGGGCGUAGGCGUCUCUGGCAUUGUGUAACACUUGUCUCUGGUGCGAAAGGCUAAAUAUGCCUUUCCAAGGGUGUGUGACAUAAGUGCACCAAUUUUUAUUUUCUACCACUUUUAGAACAAAAUAUAAUAAAUAUUUUUUAAAACUCC